GGCACAGUCGAUUGCCAACUCUUAAAAAGGAGAAGUUUCAAGUCUCUUCAAAUCUCUAGCAUAAAAAAACAAGAUGAUCAAGAAAGGGUUGCCAACGACUAUUUUCUGCGUCAUUUUGUUGGUUAUCAUUGGAACUUCUGUAUCCAGGGCUCAUCCACACUGCGGACAAGCCUGCGGCCUCAUUUACAGGCCCGUGUGUGGCAGCAACGGAGUAACUUACCCCAAUAUCUGCGUCUUCCAAAAUGCAAGAUGUCGCAAUCCAUUCCUCGGGUUACGAUGCCAAAGGAGAUGUGAGGAAUGUUACGUCAUUGGAUAAGGUUACGAGCCCCACGCCAAUCUCCAACCUGUUGUUGGCCCACAGCAGUCUUCGUUAAUUGUGGAAGAAAUAGUUUAAGUUUACAUAAGUUUAACCAUGCUAAUAAUAUACUCUUUCAAGUAUUUCAUUGUAAACUUGUCUAAGUUUCUUCUAUAAUGUAUCUGUACCCUUAAUUGAAUUUAUUAUUACUGGGCAUUUUAUCAUUUAUGAAAAAAAAUUAUAAUUAAACUGUACUGAAAUCUAA